UUGAAAAAAUGAGGUUUUAUUUCUCUAAGCAUAUUUAACAAGCAUAAAAGUAAAUAAAUAGAUAUUUGAGUUUUAAUUUGUAUACAAUGACAUGAUUAAAAUGUCCAUCAUAUUACAUUACAAAGAUAUUGUCAAAUUUAUAAAUAUGUUUUCAUUCAGACUGAGCUGUUUCGAAAAUGCUAUAAUGGGAAGUGAGGAACUGGAUAAAGAUCUGUUUACGAAUUGGGUGCGAGGCGCAAAAGGACUAGAAUACUUACAGGAAGGUCUUCAAGAAUUUGUUGGAGAAAAAGUACUGCAAUGCCGUGAUAAUACCCUUCAAAACAUAAAAUCAACAUUGCCAUCUGGAUCACCACAACAAUGCAACCAGUGUACAGAAAAUAAUCUUUCUCCAGAACAUUUCAACUCUACGAAGGCAUGUAACAGAUGGACAUGUAGCCAAAAGACCUCGAACAACUGUUUUGGAAGCAAACCAGUCGGACGUAGGAAAUGUCCUGCAAAUGGCAUUUGCAGUAAAUUUUACGACGCAAUUAUAGAUGAGCAUGCAUUUAAAGACCCUUUAUGGAAGAACACAAACCCAAGUACGUGGUGUUCGGAUCCUCAUGGGUGGAGUUAUGCAAAAUGUUUCCAAACAACUAAAGGUCCAGGGACAUCAGCUCAAGAUACAGAUGCCGCUGGUCUGCUGAGCAUCAUUAUAAACAACAAGUCAAUACAAAACUUUGUGACAGGAAUUAAUCCACAUACCAAGAGUUCGUUUCAUACGGCGCGAGACAUCCGAAAUGAAAUCUUACAUAGCUCAAAGCUUGAAAUCGACGAAACAACUGUGUGUUCCUAUUUGGACGCAUUUAUUGUUGUUCUUCAAGAUCCAAAGUGUCUGAUUAAUGAAGAGGCGUCAAAGGAAGCAGUUCAUAAACUAACACAGUUAAAAAACAACACAAUUCACAUAAGCCAGGGAGACAUGGUGUCACUCCUUGAGAAUAGAAGUAAGGCGUUAACUGAACUUGACGAAAAAACAGCAGAUGCAUUGCGUAAACUUGAUGAGAAAACAGCAGAAUCAUUGCGUAAAAUAAACACAGCCGGGAAACAAGUAAAACGGAAGAUUAAUGAUGGUAAAUUUGAAAUUGCAAAAUCUGUGAAAAGGGCUAAAAGCAGUAUAAUCAGAGCAACAAGAAUAGCUUCCUCUGCUGUUCACACCAAGAGGUUGCAAAGCCGAAAGAUGAAAGUUCAAGGUAAAUAAAUUCAUCUUUUAUGAUUUUAAAUAAUAACUUGAUGUUUUCUUCUUAAGUUAUAUCUAUUAAGAUAAUGAGAUAUAAAAGUUACUUUAAUGGUUAUGGCUAUCACGUACUAUGCUGGUACUA